UCUUUUUUUUUACAUAAUUGAUUUACGAAGUUUAUUUUUAAAAUUAGAGUUUUAACAUGUAUUAAAAUUUUUAAGGCUCAGGCCUUUAUGCAUUUUUAUGAGUUUUUUUUUUACUUUGAUUGCAAUUGCUAAAAAAAGUUGAUUUGAAGAGAAGUUAUUAUAUCUGUCAUAUAUAUAUACAUUAUAUAGCAUAAUUUUUUAUUAGUUUUUAUAAGGACAACAACAUGAACAAUUCUGAACAUGAUGAUCAAACUGCAGAUUCGUCAUCCUUAAACGCUGAUCUGGAGUUUGUUGAUUCUUUGAGGCAGAAUGGCCACACGGAAAGUGUGCAAUCGCUGGUGAGUUCGUCAAAACAGAAAUUGCAGCGUACGCUUGGUUUACCACAAGGUUUUUCCCUCAUGGUUGGGUUGAUACUGGGUAGUGGCAUAUUUAUUUCUCCUGGUUUAGUUGCUAAUGAUACAAGUUCGACGGGUAUGAUGCUAAUUAUAUGGGUGUGUGCUGGUAUUUUGGCGUUAAUGGGAUCCCUCUGUUAUUGUGAACUAGGCUGCCUUAUCAAAAUGACUGGCUCAAACUAUGCUAAUAUAUUGAAUAUAUAUGGAAAUGUAUGUGCGUUCCUCUGUGCAUGGACGACGUGUUUUGUGAUCGACCCGUCAAGUACGUCUGCUAUUGCAUUGACUAUUGGUGUCUACCUUACAAAGCCAUUUUACUCUUCGCCAGAAGAAGCCAAUACUGCUGCAAAACUGGUUGCACUUGGUGUUAUUAUUAUUAGUUGCCUUAUCAAUUGCGUAAGUGUGAAGUUCUCGAAUCGAGUUCAAAGUGUGUUUGCCGUUGCUCAAAUCUCAUCAGUUGUGUUUGUUAUUGUUUUGGGUAUUUGGAAGUUGUCGGAACACAAUGUUGAAAAUUUCCAUAAUAUAUUCAAUGGGACAGAUCUGGAUGUAGGUAGCACUUUGCAUAUUGGUAUUGCAUUGUUUGGUGCACUAUGGUCUUUUGAUGGAUGGGCGGCUAUAAAUAACAUCAUUGAGGAACUUCAUAACGUUGAGAGAAACUUGCUGCUAACUGUAAUUACUUCAUUUCCGUUCGUAAUCCUUUGCUAUAUGAUGGUCAACAUAUCAUUUUUAUCAGUGCUCAGUCACAAGGACAUGUCUACUUCGAAAGCAGUUGGCGUCGAUUUUGUGAAAGUAGUUCUUGGCGAAAAAAUGUCUUAUCUAAUGAUGGUGUUAGUUGGAUUGUCGUCGUAUGGUACAUUGAAUGGAACAGUUUUUUCAUGCCCUCGGACCACCUUAUCAGCUUCUCGGGAAGGUCACAUGCCAACAAUGUUCUCCUUUAUUCACAGGCGCAGUGGUGCUCCUAUCCCGGCUAUUAUUUUGUUGACUUUGCUCUCAUCUCUGAUGCUUCUUCCAAGUGCAAGCAGCUUGAAUUCGUUGAUUUUAAUAUUCAGUCAAGCACAGUGGGUGAUGUAUGGCGCAUCUCUGUUUGGUGUUGUUAUUUUGCGAUUACGCCAACCGAAUGCACAUCGACCGUUUAAAGUUUUUAUUUUGAUCCCGAUUUUGAUGUCAUUGAUUUCACUGUUUCUAGUUAUUAUCCCGUUUUUUAGGAAUCCGUUAGAAUCGACAUUAGUGGCACUAUUUAUUCUGGCUGGAUUGCCGGUUUACUUUGUGUUUAUACACCAUAGUUUAUCACUUCCAAGAUGUUGUGUCCAUAGCAUGGAUUCUCUAAAUGCAAGCGUGCAGAGAUAUUUUAACAUGGUCCCUUGCUCUAAAUAACAUUGACUAUGCAAUAGUUAUGCAACAAUUUAUGAAAAGCUAAUUAUUAUUUCUUUAUUGACUUUCUUUAUAUUUGUCAUUUAUAUAUUAUUUGGUACUAUACCCAACAUACGCAUAUAUAUAAAAAUGUCUUUUUAAAAAUUUAAAAAAUGAAAAUGUGAUUUCUAAUAUAUAUUAUAUAUAUAUAAAAAAAGAAAGAUUUAAAACUGAUAAUUUUUAUCACGGUUCUGCAUAAUAUAUUUUUUCGCUAAUUUUUAGUACUCAACGUUAUUCUGCUUUUCUUUUUUAAAAAGCGCCAUCUUUUUUCGUGGCAUUUUACACAUCGUACUUUUAUAUCAUCUACUACAGAGAAGCCAAUUGGUUUGGGAAUAUUGGAAAAUUGCCAAAAGUCAGAAAAAUGUGACUUGACUAGGGAAAAUAAAAGAAAAUCUCCAUGUGUCUCCUACACGGGAGUGUUCUAUUCAGUUUGAUGGUUUGUGUAAAUUUUUGAAAUUGGUUUUGUAUUUAGUUGUUUUUAGACGCGUCAUCCAGCAUUCUCUGCAUGUGUAGAAUAGAGACAGUUUUAUACUCAUUUUAUAUACUCUUGUACCAUUUUUUUGUCAUAUAUAAAUAUAAAAAAAAAUAGUUGCA